AAUGUAUAUGAUCUUGAUCUGCUCUGUACAAACUAUGCCUUUUGAUCGACAGUGCAAGUACAUGUAUAACAGCACCGCGAACAUCGGGAACAAUAACCCGUCCCAGAUAACAGACGAAUGCACACGGAAGCGGAGCACAAAGUCUGUCGACAUACUUCGAUGCGGGAAACGCGCCAGCCGAGACUCGCAGCAGUAUAACCAUGAAUGCUUAACAACUACCGACGACAGAGUGCAGGUUACAAGCCAUUACAAUACAUUUACUGUUGAUAACGCUGAACGCAUUGGUAUUCAAGAUGGUGUGGCUGUACGUUGUAGCUGCGGUCGUGGUGGUUUUCUUUCUCCUGAAGGAGUUGAUGAGACUUCCAACUGUCGGCAAAUAUGGGGAGCGUUAUGUGUUCAUCACCGGCUGCGACACGGGCUUUGGGAACCAGCUGGCCAAACGACUGGACUCUCUCGGCUUCAGCGUGUUUGCAGCAUGUUUCUCUGAAAGAGGAGCGGACGAACUGAGGAAAGUGUCGUCUGCCAGACUGAAGACAUUGUCGCUGGAUGUGUCCAAACCUGACAGUAUUGUGAAAGCACGCGCAACUGUAGAAAAGCAGCUUCCGCCAAAUAAAGGUUUAUGGGCAAUUGUGAACAACGCAGGGGUUCCAGGCGCCAUAGGAAGGACAGACUGGCUGACCAGGGCGGACUAUGAACGUUGUCUGUCCGUGAAUCUGUACGGUGUCAUUGACGUCACAAGAAUCUUCCUGCCGCUCGUGCGCAGAGGUAAAGGUCGCGUUGUCAAUAUAUCAAGUAUGAUGGGAAGGAUAGCUGCCGCUACUGCUCCGUAUGUUGUGUCCAAAUAUGGUGUUGAAGGCUUUACAGAUUGUCUCAGACGCGAAAUUUUAAAACAGGGUGUAAGUGUCCAUUUGCUGGAGCCUGGAUACUUCAAAACAGAUAUUUUAAAUAUGGACGCCAUUAAGAAGUCCUUCGAGAAAUGUUUCAAUCAGACAGAUCCAGAAGUACAGCGUUACUACGGAAGCGAAUAUGUCCAGAAAAUGAACACCAGGAUUGAUGAGAUGUUGGAGAAAGUGGCGUCCCCCAAGACGCACCUGGUGGUGGACGCCUACACACACGCCAUCACCGCCAUGUUCCCUCGCACACGCUAUCUCAUUGGAAACGACUGCAAAUACUUUUUCAGACCCAUGUGGAACCUUCCUGAGUGGAUCUCUGACCGGGUGCUAUCUGCCAAUUUUGUGGUGCCAGAGGGUGCCAUGCAGUAGAGCAUACGGGAAGAAACAACAGUUAAUAUUUUGUUGCGUAAUCUAUUGAUUAAAAAUGUGAUGACCGCUCAAUGAGUCACACCACGACUCAUUUAAUGAUACAGUUGAAAUCUGAAUGUAUAGGAGUAUUUGUAUUUGUUCGAGUCGACUUCACACAUUAUCGUGUGAUAUGUGAUAGGUGAGGCACCGGCUACCAAUCUGUGGAUGUCCGUGCCAUCAAUAACAACAUGACAUGAGAAUGGAUUAAAUGGCCAAAUGUGUGCAGGUGCUAGUGGGCUACAGAGCUGCUAGUUAAGUACACGGAAAAAAGCUACCGUUGCCAAUGGGGAUCAGCAUCUACCGCUUACCUGCCCUGGUAGCAUAUUUAAUUUUAAGAAUUGCUACUGUUGCAUGGCAACUACCAUGCUGUCAAAAGUAGCUGCUGCUGCUUGCAUAAGGCAGCUACUGCUGCCCGGCCAGAGAUAGCAUAGUUACCAAUAAGUAAAACCAUUGUGGCGGCCACCACAGCCGGCCCAAAUGUCAACUAACACUGACGUGACUACCGCCGCCGGCCAAUUUAAGUGGCAAUUGGUUUCCCAACCACGCCACAAAGCACCAAAGUGCUACCCACUCCCACGGCCAGGCGAUAGACAGUGAUAGCAUAGCUGUCCAGCUUGCCUAGAUAGGCAAACGAAACACUGACCUUUGGAGACACCAUCCUCCUAUUAGUGUAAACAAGUGCCAGGGCAUGCAACAAAUUGUCCGUAAACGCACGCACCUUUUUUGGCUGAGGUGGACGCCCUCCCAAGUGUAUCAUGCCUGACUGAUUGCAGAAUCUUGGGAUAUGGCACGGUUGAUGUUCUUACGCAUCCCCUCGGUCCUGAUUGGAUCUCUGGCAUUGUGUCAGUAGCGACUGGGCAGCAUUGUGGAUAUGAUGGUCCUGGUGUCAGGAAGUUGGGAGUCAUAUCCCAAAGAUUGAGGCCACCAUGUCAAAGUAGAAUUGGCUGCCCUUGACUGUGCACUAUUGACCAUGGAGACCGGGUGAAGGACGAAAGCCCUGGGGCUGCGGCAUGUCGCCUUGACCUGUGCAUCUAAGAUGGUGUUCAGCUGCUUCCACCUCAUUCCACCUCGCGCCAACCAUAGCAUACUCGGUUGGUCCAGACUAAUGCCCUUCGGAAGCAAGUACUGCCGUGCCCUUGCCAUAUAGCUGGAGCCAACCAUUCAAACUCUUGUAGCUGAUGUGCGGACCGGACAUAAGGCAUUGAUGCCUGUUUGGUGUGUGGACCAUGUGUGUGGACAGUGAUUGUUGUAGGAGUCAACCAGACUCUUGCCUCACAUCAGCCAUACGUUGCCCGGGAUAGGUGCUGGGUUCUGGACUGCAUAUGGCGCUCAAGACAUGCGCGACACAUCAAAACUUAGUUCCUGAAAAAGCUGGUGGAACCCUUGACGAAAAAAGUUAAAUUAGACCACCUACAUGUUAAUGAUAUAUACAGAAUAUGAUAUCAUUCAAGAUAUGAUGGGACAAGCUAUGAAAUUGCUAAUGUGUUGUGUGAUAUGACAUGUUGAAAUGUGAUAUAAUAUAGGUAUGAUAUAUGGUACGAUGGUAUGUAUGGUAUGUUAUGAUAUGAUAAUGGUAUAUGAAAUAAUACUAUAUAGUAUGAUCUUAUAAUAAUGAUACAAUAUGAUGUGAUGUUAUAGAAUAUGUUGUAUGAUAUAACAAGUUGUGAUAUGUUAAAAUAGAAAUUAUGAAAUUACAGGGUAUGGUAUUGUACUGUAUGUGUGAAAUUAUGUGACUGUGUUGAGAUGCGAUGUGGAAUGACGUGAGGUGAUUUGGUGAGAUAUGUACAUAAAUUGUAUAAAAUUGUAUAUUCUUCAAAUUGUACUAUAGGCCUGUGGCCUCUUCAGUACGUGAAAUAAAGAUAAAACAGAUA